AUGAUGCAAAGUGGGUUAUUUAGAUUUGUUUUGAUCGGACCAGAUAACGUUGUCAAGAAAUGGAUUGUUGAUUUCAAGGUGACACCACCGGUUAUUGCCGAAACGGGUGAAGGUAAUGUAGAUGUCGAAAUGACAAUGAAAGAUUCUGAUUUUAUGAAAAUUUUUACUGGAAAAUUGCAACCGGAUCAGGUAAAUAUGCUCAUUUGA